GUGAACAGGAAUUUAGAGCGCCUGCUAAUCAUUUGAGUUUACCAGGCUGCAUACACACUCCAGCCGCCAAGACACCCUUGCACACAGACAGAAUGAGAGAAAUAGUUCACAUACAAGCCGGACAAUGUGGGAAUCAGAUUGGCACCAAGUUUUGGGAAGUUAUCAGCGAUGAACACGGCAUCGAUCCGGCAGGAAACUAUGUGGGUGACUCAUCGCUUCAAAUCGACAGGAUUAAUGUGUACUACAACGAGGCGUCCGCACACAAGUAUGUCCCCAGAGCAAUCCUUGUGGACCUGGAACCGGGGACCAUGGACAGUGUCCGGUCGGGGUCUUUUGGACAGCUAUUCAGACCUGACAACUUUAUCUUCGGGCAGACGGGUGCGGGGAACAACUGGGCCAAGGGCCACUACACUGAGGGAGCAGAGCUGGUAGACUCUGUGCUGGAUGUGGUGAGGAAGGAGUGUGAGCACUGUGACUGUCUCCAGGGCUUCCAGCUCACCCACUCCCUGGGCGGGGGCACGGGCUCAGGCAUGGGCACCCUGCUCAUCAGCAAGAUCCGUGAGGAGUACCCCGACCGCAUCAUGAACACGUUCAGCGUCAUGCCCUCACCCAAGGUGUCUGAUACGGUGGUCGAACCGUACAACGCCACGCUCUCUGUGCACCAGCUGGUGGAGAACACGGAUGAGACAUACUGCAUUGACAACGAGGCGCUCUACGACAUCUGCUUCCGUACCCUAAAACUGACCACACCCACUUACGGGGACCUCAACCACCUGGUGUCGGCCACCAUGAGCGGUGUGACCACCUCACUGCGCUUCCCUGGCCAGCUCAACGCCGACCUUCGCAAACUGGCCGUCAACAUGGUGCCCUUUCCCCGCCUACAUUUCUUCAUGCCUGGCUUUGCACCACUAACCGCCCGGGGGAGCCAACAGUAUCGCGCCCUGACAGUGCCCGAACUCACUCAGCAAAUGUUUGACGCCCGCAACAUGAUGGCAGCUUGCGACCCGCGCCAUGGCCGCUACCUCACGGUGGCCACUGUUUUCCGAGGGCCCAUGUCCAUGAAGGAGGUGGACGAGCAGAUGCUGGCCAUCCAGAACAAGAACAGCAGCUACUUCGUGGAGUGGAUCCCCAACAACGUCAAGGUGGCCGUGUGUGACAUUGCGCCCCGCGGCCUUAAGAUGGCCUCCACAUUCAUCGGCAACAGCACAGCCAUCCAAGAGCUGUUCAAGCGCUUCUCGGAGCAGUUCUCAGCCAUGUUCCGCCGCAAGGCCUUCUUGCACUGGUUCACCGGGGAGGGCAUGGACGAGAUGGAGUUCACAGAGGCCGAGAGCAACAUGAACGACCUGGUGUCUGAGUACCAGCAGUACCAGGAGGCCACGGCUAAUGACGGGGAAGAGACAUUCGACGACGAGGAAGAAGAACUCAAUGAGGAAUGGAACCUUGAAGCCCAAUAGCUUGAAGCCCCCAUCUUUGAAGACAAUGUUAUCUCACUGAGCUAAAGCUAAGGCGUUAGCACUGGAAACAGAUAUAUCCCGCAAUGAAGCUGACAGUGUUUUUACUUUAAUAGUGAUUGUUUAAGUAUUAUCAGACACUGUAAAUUUUAUCCCUGUAAGGGAUUCACUGACUCAGAAAUUAUCAAAUGAAUCGUUGACAGCAGAACAAAUAUGUGAGCAAAAGAAAGCCAAUUGAACUCUCUAUAGAAAGCUGUUCUUGUAUUACAGCCAGAACCACAGUAAUGCUAGAUUGCAGUAUGUCACAACCAACAACCAACCAAGUAGUUUGCUUUAGUAAGUAAGAUGUUGCAAUUGUCUUCGAGCAUUUCGGGUCUGAAUAGUAUGUGAAUCAAAACUCAAUAAAUGUUUCCUUGAAAUUGUCAA